GUAGUGUUUGCAUACCAGCAGACAGUAGAGGACAGUGGACCUUUCUGAUCUGGUAUUUAUCUAAACAACUACCUGUACAGGAGCUGGACAUUUGAUAGAGACUUGCUCAAGUUUGGAUUUUACCCAGGGGACGUUAUGCUACAUGGAAAUGAAGACAAAGUCAACGUUCCCAGGAUUUGCUCUGGUGGAUCUUCAUGCUGUCAAACGUAUGCCGUCUCUGUGAGAAUGAGGAAUCCUGGUUCGCGUGUCAGACACCUGCACUGGCUGCAGAUACUACUGGUCGUCCUGCUCACAGGUGAAACUUCCUGUAAUUCCACCUCCGCUGCUCCGUUUUCUCCUCUGACCCCCUCUACAGCAGCUGCACCGACCUCAGCAUCCUACUUUCUUCGCGUCACUGUGGAUGUCAUUGGACAGAAGAAAAACGAAUCAGAAAUCAAGAGCUGGCUUGACAAAGUGUUCACAGCCAAGAUGGUGGGCUGCGUGUCUUCAAAUGAGACGACACCAACGACGACAGCAGCAGCAACAUCACAAAACUACACAACAACAACUGCCACUACACAAACUACAUCUGCGAGCACUUCAAAUAAGACGACACCAACGACGACAGCAGCAGCAACAUCACAAAACUACACAACAACUGCCACUACACAAACUACAUCUGCGAGCACUUCAAAUAAGACGACACCAAUGACAACAGCAGCAGCAACAUCACAAAACUACACAACAACAACUGCCACUACACAAACUACAUCUGCGAGCACUUCAAAUAAGACGACACCAAUGACAACAGCAGCACCAACAUCCCAAAACUACACAACAUUUGCUACAGCUUCAACAACGGUCAAGAGCACCAACACAGCUACAACAUCUCAAUCCACCACGGCAGCUCCGAUAACUUCUUCAACCGUCACCACAAAGAAGCCGAAGAAACAGAAUCCAAAUCCGAAUUCAAACAAGGGGCCGGUAGCAGCAGCCAGAAGGCUCAGAAGAACCACUGGUCUAUUUCAAGGAACUGAGGUCUCAUGCAGCCAAAAGACUGCAAUAAAAAACACAACGUGUACCGUGACGCUGCAUCUGAGCCAGGCCGUGCCUCCAUGCUGUAUCCUCCGUACUCUCUGUGCGGCCAGUAAGACGUCCCCUGACGUCCGGGUGGUAGGAAAAACAGCAGAUAGAAUCGGUCCGAUACAAAAUGGCUGCAACCCACUUGAGAAAAACAGGUGCAUUUACAACGGUCCAGGCAGUGCAUCGUGUGAGCGGUCCGGUGAUGCAUAUGUGAAAGAUCAAGGCAACUCAACUAACUGUCGACCAAAAAUAGAGAAGAACUGCAGCUGCUCAGCGUAUUGCAACAAAGCUGAUGCAUACUACACUUUUCAGAUAUUCAUACAGAGUCCAAAGGUGAACAAUUCAUAUGUCUAUUCCGAGGUUUCUAAAAUACAAGCCGCACCAAUCUGCUCUCCAGCUACAGAGUUUCCAUGUCCUUGGUCCCUCAUGUCAUCAGGAUACAAUGAUGUGCAACUGAUCUGUGAAAGCACAGGAGCAAGUCUUCUAAGCUGCAAAGUGAUUGUAAGCUUUGCUCGUGAGGUUCCGAUCUGCAACGUGUCGGCAGCGGUGACCAAUAGGUUUGCGUCCAAUGAACACAUCAGUUUUAAUGGACAGGUGACUCGAGUAGCAAUAUGUGGGAAUUCAAAUGCCAGUGAGGAUCCACUGAGGUCCCAGUUCACAUGGGAGAAGAGGAACCUAAAGCCUGCCACGUUUUGUAAGGCAACAGAAGAGUCUGUCAACCUCACCUGUCAAAAUGGGAAAAAUGUGGUCGUGGAGCUGGAUGAACGGUGUGACGGCCCGAACGUGACGACCGUGCAACCAAACACCACCACGACUGUGAACGCAACCUCAUCCCCACUGAACACGACUGCUGAACCCCUCAGCAACACCACCACCACUGCUAAUGUCACAGUGACAACAUAUCCCGUCUGCAUUUUGUUGACUGCAGCUGAAAGACAGGCCGACGCGCUGCUGGAGCUGACCAGAAACGUGGCCAACCUGAACUCCAGCCAGGUGGAUCAGCUGGUGUCUCAGCUGCAGGAUCUUUUGUCAGGGCCGACCGUCAGCCUGGCUCUGGGAAACAGCUCCGUCCACAUUGUCAGCAAUCUGCUGGGUGCUUCUGCUGAGACGCUGGCCGACUCCUCCAGCAGGAUUAUAGAUAUCAUUGACACAGUGGGGUUGAAGCUGGUCCUCGACGAUCAGGCUGAGACCCUCUUGGCCUCGGCCGUGGCUUUGUCUGUGAAACCAGCAGAUGGCAGCAACUUUCAGGAAACGUUUUUUUCCAUCUCAGACCCCACUAAUGUACUGGUCCGUGGGGAUCCCAGGUCGAGGAGGAGCGUGAGAGCAGACUCCUCCAUCCCUCAGGGCUCCAUCAGGCUGCCCCCCACCCUCACACAGGACCUGACCACCGAGCAACAGCAGCUGGCCUCACGAGUCCAGUUCAAUUUCUACCAGAAGAGCACAGUGUUCCAGGACAGAUCUUUGGGUGAACGCAAACUUAACAGUGGGAUCCUGGGAGCGAGUGUGGCCAACCUGUCUAUCACAGGACUGAAGGACAAUGUUGUGAUUCACUUGAGGAACAAAGAACCAAUUCCUGAUGAUUUCAAGGCCGUGUGUGUUUUCUGGGACUUUGCAUUUAAUAAUGGGUCAGGUGGUUGGAACGAAAGCGGCUGCUCUGUCCUGAACAGCACCGACAACAUGACAACCUGUGGCUGCAACCAUUUAACCAGUUUUGCAAUCCUGCUGGACCUCUCCAGACAAUCUUUAACCAAUCCUCUCCAGGCCACCAUCCUCACCUUCAUCACAUACAUUGGCUGCGGAAUCUCUGCCAUCUUCUUGUCUAUCACCCUCCUCACCUACUUGGCGUUUGGGAAGUUGCGUAAGGACAUUCCAUCCAAAAUCCUGAUCCAGUUGUGUCUGGCUCUGCUGCUGCUGAACCUCGUCUUCCUGAUUGAUGCUUGGCUGGCGCUCUACCCAGAGGCCGUGGGCCUCUGCAUCUCCACCGCCUGGUUCCUUCACUACUUCCUGCUGGUUUCCUUCACCUGGAUGGGACUUGAGUCUGUCCACAUGUACCUGGCCCUCGUCAAGGUCUUCAACAACUACAUAUCGCACUACAUGCUGAGGUUCUCGUUUGCCGGCUGGGGCAUCCCAAUGAUCGUAGUCAUCAUCGUGAUCGCUGUUGACAAAGAUAACUAUGGUCUUGUCUCCUAUGGAAAGUUUCCUGACCGCCCUCCUGAUAGCUUCUGCUGGCUGAAAAACGACACCGCCUUCUACGUCGCCGUGGUGGCGUAUUUCUGCGCCGUUUUCCUCUUCAACGUCGCCAUGUUCGUUGUGGUGUUGGUGCAGCUGUGUCGCAUAAAGAGGCAGAACCCACACAACAUGCAGCACCGCACCACGCUGCAGGAUGUGCGCAGUUUGGUGGGGAUAACCAUCCUCCUGGGCCUCACUUGGGGCUUCGCCUUCUUCGCCUGGGGGCCCGUGAACCUGGCGUUCAUGUACCUCUUUGCCAUCUUCAACUCCUUGCAAGGUUUCUUUAUAUUUGUGUUCCACUGCGCAGUGAAGGAAAACGUGAGGAGGCAGUGGAGGAUGUACCUGUGCUGCGGCAAAAUGAGACUGGCAGAGAACUCAGAAUGGAGUCGUAAUGCGACACAGAAGACUACGAAGAGGUCGUCAGUGACCAGACUGACGUCCCUUCACUCGUCUCAGUCAUCCCAGUCCAACAACUCAUCCAGCUCCUCUUUUCUCGUCCACAACACACCACAACCCACAACAGAGCCGACUCAGGGCAUCGGCAGCCCAUUUGAAGACCGAACAAUCACAGCAGACGAACAGCCCAACAUGGACGUGGUCCUCAAUGAGAUCAACAGACAGUACAGAGCCCAACAAGCCUCCUGAUCCACAAAGGACAGAACACACUGUCUAAGAAUGGCUCUUAUUUUGAAAUACAUGUAUAUAAUGUAAAUUAAGCAGUGAUUUAUGUAUUUUAUGAGAAAAUAUUCAAUGUAAAUUAUGAAUUAUGGUUUGAUUUUUAUACAUUUCAUACAUUCACAAAUAGCAUGUAUUCCUUUGUACAGUGAUGUUAUCAGUAUAUUAUAUUACAAUGGUAAAAGGCCAGAAUAUUACAUGUUGGAUUAAACUAUAU